CCGGCUAUGGAAUCAGCGAGAGACCAUUCCGUCCCGACUGCGGCCGAUAUGAAAGACAAGAGGGCCUCCAGGAUUCCGGUGCGACUGAAAAACAACGGCAUCAAUCCGAAACAUAAGGCGCGCACGAAAAAACCUGCAUCACCGAAAACGGUGACGGGCGACAGAAAUCCAAACGUCACGAAUAAACUGAAGCAAAAGACUGACGAUGAAAAAUCGAUGAAGAUACAGGAUUGGUCGGAUAACGUGUCCGAUAAAGCGAAGUCCCAAUCGAAAAACAAAACCAAUGACCACCAUAACUCAAAUCAUCCGAAGCCCAUCUCCGAAGACUGUAAAUUAAAUCGGACAGCACUCGGCGGACCACCGACUGCUGAUAACGCGCCCCCGUCCGGGCACCAUCCGGAGACGUUCGAAUUUCGGGAGACGCUUAUACAAGAAAAAAUAUUGUAUCAUCGUGUCGGGGAGAAUGGAAACUCGGAGAUUACAUUGGACUACGGCGGGAACGUAGUGGAUUUGUCGCAUCAAACUAAUGAUGCAGACGUCGCUUGGAUGGAGUCGGAGAUUAGGACCAAUUACUUGGAUACACAACAAUUAAGAGAGAUUGAAUUGGACGAUACCAUCGUUAUUGAGGCACCCGAAGAGUUCAGGACUGCCGAAACAGACACGGAAUCCCCAACGGAGUCACAGUCCCCCGAGCUCAUCGACGGCACCGCCGUCGAGCCACCGCAGACCGUACCGGAAGAAGAACGCGAACCGGGCCCAACGUGCGAGCCGAACCGCAACGCCGGCGGCGCAGUACCACCGGAAAUGGAGGCAACGACUCGCCGCACACCAGACAAAGACGUCGCCAUGGAUCAGAACGAGACACCGGUCGAACGGGUCGACGUAAAUAACGCAGAACCCGCGAGCACCGCUUUAGAAGCGUACGGUACGUCGUCGGGUGGGCAUUUAAACUUUCACGACGUAAACAAUGAUGAAAUCGGUCGCGGGAGAGCGGUACCGCUGAACAGUGUCAAUAGCACGGGCGCGGAUGCGAGUGCGAUUUCGGUACGAUCGGAUUUACCAAGUGGCGAAGAAGUGGUUGUUGUUCUUUGUGAUGUGCUCGGUCGCGACGUAAACAAGAGUGUCGAGUGUGCACACGUGGGUGGUACCGGUAAUACGCCUACCAGUGAUUUUAUUAGUGACAGAUCGUGUUUAAAUAUGCAACUCGACAGUGUUUGUGCGACUGCCUCCGGUUCCAGUGAAGUUAACGAACAGUGUUCGUCAGAUUUGGAUGGAGGAUGCCUUAAUAUUUCCAGUUCGCCGGAUCAAUUGCUCCAAGACAACAGCGUUGAUACAACGGAUAACUGUUCUGUGAGUGCCGAAGCGUCUGAAAUGGAGCCACCACCGCGUACCCCCAGCGUCCUGUCCCAGGACCUGGAACGUGUCCAGGACGCGGAGCUGCCUGCUGCAAAAACGGCAUCGGCGGAACCGUCGUCGGCGUCCGCGGCCGCAACAACAGAAGGAGAAAAGCGUGCGGCAAAGGGUCUCGACGGAAACAAGUGCGCGGGCCAUGAGUCUCUGGAUCCAUCGAUCGCGAGCGGCGUGCCGGAGUGCGCAGACAGCGGCGGGUGCAGUUGUAGCGCGGCCUCCAAGCCCUGUGCCACGUCGAAUCGACGGCCGUCGCACGCGUCUACCACCCACACCGUAGCUGGCGCUGUCAGAUGCAUCGCGGCGGACAGUGACAGUAGUGUUGCACCACCGCCGCCGGACUGCAGUGAUGCCAAGUGGCCACGAGACGACGAGGCCGGCCGUCCCGCACCGGACACCGCCACUCCGCACUCGCAUCUCGUCUGGAAGUUCCAAAACGGGCGGCUAGUGUUUGAAACGGUCGAAAGCAAAAGUGGACGCGCGGGCGAAAGUGAAAGAGUGACGAGCGACAACGGCCGCCACUCGAGCGACACGUCCGAACUCACCUCCUUGGAGUCCGCCAAUGCGAUACUCUACAGCAAGGACUUGAAUAAGCGCGUCGACGACAACAAAUCGAGGCUCAAACACCUCGAGGAGAAGCUCAAACAGGCCGGUAUAACUGACGACAUAAACAAACCGAACCAGUACGACACCAACCACAAUAAGAUACCUCCGCAGUCGGAGCUGACGGAAGAGAACCUCCACAGGCAUGCCUCCGCACCUUACGACGAGGAAGACCUCAUCCCGCCGGAGAACAGCCUAGACUUCUGCCAGUUCGACCCCCGCCAGAUCUGCUACGACGACUUCAACGGUUACGUGGAGGUGUACGAUGAGUUCGACAGCGAUUCAGAGGAAAACUUCAUAAUAAUGCGCGAGUCCAACACCAACAUGGGCACGGAAACGGAGCGUUCCAAGCACAACCCCGACAAGAACAAUCUCAAGUCCCUCCUCAAGAAGCCGGGUCGUAACAAGGACAAAAAGAACCGCGUAGUGUUCAACGAGAACAAGAAUGAGUUCUUCGACGCCGACUACAUCAUCCUCAUACGCGAGGAGUGCGACUUCGACGAGGACGACGACGACAGCGUCUGCACCUGCAACCAGCACGAGAUGGUGCGGCUGCAGUGCUGCGAGCCGAACUGCAAUUGCAUGUACGACGGGUACGACCAGACGCCGCAGAGUCCGAAAUUCGCGCCGCCGAUCGAGUUCGUGGACGCGGUCACUCUCAGUCCUCCGGAGGGGUACAAGGACAUGGAGCUGGGCGAACAACAGCUGUUGGCGUUGCAACAGAUGGCCAGGAGAGGACAAAGGGCUCCGGUGUGCAGGGAAUGUCGCGAAUGCUCUCACGAAGAGGAGGAGGACGAUGAUGAAGGCGAAGGCUCGGACACCGAAUGUCGGGGUGAGGCCGAUCCCUGUGCGAGGGACGAGUACAACGACAGGAAGACGGCGGACGAGGAGGAGGAGAAGGAAAAGACUGACCAGAGCCAACAGACCACCCCCACGACGCCACCCAAUGACCCCAACGCAGAAAGCCCAUCUGGUCAGCGCAACUACAUCUUAGAGACAAUCUCGAUGACGACGGUGACGGAGCAGAGGGUGAUGCGAGAGGUGCAUCAGGACGAAGAGGCGGUAGGACGUCGAAAUCCGGUACCUCCGGGCGGAUCACCCAUCAGCGGCAUCCUCAAGGGCGGCCGCCUCUGGAAACAGCAGAGCGUCGACGUGACGGGAACGGCCAACUCCUCCGCCGCCAAACAACCCGAGACGCAGCAGAUUCCCGAUUCGGACGACGAGGCGUCUAACAAACGUUCGGUGCGAUUUAUCGAAACCGAGUCGGACAAGAGAGACAGUUGUGACGGCGCAUCCGACAAUCCCCAGGAGACCGAAGAGGACAUCGACGAGGUUGACGCGAAAUCGGACAAGUCUAAGAACGAACUGAAACCGGGAGAGAACAUCAGCAGCUCAACAUCACCUGAAAGUACGGAGAUGACGCUCACUUUCAAAUUAGGAAAUCACGUGCUGAUUUCCAACAACAGUUUGAAGCCCAACUCAGCGGUUAGACAGCUGUUUCCUUGUACAAAGCCUGCUGCACUCAAAGGUCAAAAUGAUGAAGAAGCAGUACACCAAUAUUUGGUAACAGCUGAAUCGCUUAGAGCCUUUGAAGAGGCCAAGAGGAGCAAACUACCCCAGAUGAUACAAAGUGGAGAGACUGAUGAAUCAAUUAAGAAAGCAAUUGAAAGAAAUACUUUAAGAAGGUCAUUAAUAAGAUAUGAACCAAAGAGCCGGAAGGCCGUUCAAAAGACUGACAACUCCCUGGUGGAACGGAUAAAACAGUUGACGUGCGACAUCGACGACCCGAACCAGGAAGAAAUUGCGGCAAGGGUGAGUCCUACAGGGGAGGAAGCACGCAACUCUCCCGAAGUGAAUUCGACAUCGGCACUGAAACUGACCAACCACGACAAGAGCUUCUCGCCAUCUUCGUCCUCUACGGCCAGUUCGAAUUCGUCUGGCAUGUCUUCCACCUACAAGAAAAUCACCGAUUUGUUCGGCAAAAGAACCAGUGACGGAAAGUUGCCGGAUGUUCAGAAUAAUUUUGGCGCCGUCGGUACCGGACUUCCCGAUUUGGGCGGACCUAAGCAGGAGGUCACCGAUUCGAAUCAAGGCACGAUGAAGCCUAAUCCUUUGAAUGAAAACAGAAGACAGUUCUUGUCUACUCUUGCGCCACUUACGGCAUGUGUUAGUGCUAUGGGUAAUACGGAAGAGUACUAUUACCAUAUGAGCAAUCAGAUAGGAGAGAGAGCUUCUAUGGCUAGUUCCAUGGGGACUGAGUACAGCUUGGAAGAUAUUGAUGAAGGUCUUAAGAAUACUGAAGACGAUCCAAAGAGAAUAGCUCCAGAUGUCCUUGCAGGGACUCCAUCUGCGAGUGAAUCUGGAGACGAGCUCGCCAUGUUUGUACAGCAGGAUGCUAGCAGAAUUGAAAGGAUAAAGAAAAAAUAUCAGCCAGAAGAGAAAAAGAACGACGACGAAGAUGAUGAACAUGAUGAUUAUGGUUUCAAUCGUCGACCGAGUGUACGGGGCAUUAAACCAAGAUUUGGAUCGACAACUGAGAUCUUACAACAAAUUCAAAAUCAGCUUCAACCGCCUGUACCUGCCCGAGUCAAUUGGCCGUACUAUUCGGAGAGUGGACUCGACAAUAAAACGAGGAAUUCGGUGCCAAACAUGGCAAACUAUCACACCCUUCCAGAGGAGAUGAAGAGAAAUUUUGCUUCCACAUACAGGCCUACCUCAUUGCAGGAUGAAAAUCUCUAUCAAAAUUGUGCCACAACUCAACGAUGUGUAUAUAGAAACGUUAAUACAGGCACAUAUUCGACAGUAAUGAGAGUAGCAGGCUGUAAUGAAUAUUAUCAGUCGUUGCCGAGGUCGAGAAGUAACAGUGGAAGUAGACCGCAAUCACCUCCACCCUUAGAUGUUAGCAAAUAUCAACAGACCAUGGUCUACAUACCAUACAAUCAUUUAGAAGGAUAUCAACCUCCAAAUCCAUAUUACCCCAACAACGAUUACGCAAGAGUUUCCAAUCAAAACCAAAUCAAUAAGAGGUACAUUGAACCAAUUUAUCAGCAAAGAAUACAUGCUCAUCCUGACUAUAACCCUAACAUGAUGCCACCCAACGUUCACAAGCCAAUGAUGCGCAUGCCUUACGCUAACGGACAACCCCCAUCGCAUAUAAUCUCCUCCAGAAGCGAAUCACCUUUACCCGGUCAAUUUUCUACCGCCAGGUCCACACAAACGCCUGCCGUCAGCAUGUCCACUUGUAACUAUUAUCAAGCAAAUCCCCGAUACCGACCGAUGGUGGGCCCGGUCUACCAAGGCGAAGGAACCUACGUGACGAAAAUCAAUCGGCACAGUUUUCCAGCAGGAAAUCCUCGGUAUCCUCCGGCAGACAGCGUAUCUUUAACCGACUCAGACAGCGUUCACAGCGGCCAAAUGCCUCCCAUGAUGCCAAACGGCUUCACGAGCCGACAAACAGACAUUAACUUCCCGGCCACUCAGAAAGAUAAUUUGCAGGGUUCACCUACAAAACCUAGAUUCAUAGAGCGCGGUGUUCCCGAGGGCGCCGCCAGCAUUUCGCCGCAAGAUUCGACUGCCACUCAGAGCAGUAGUACCAUGACUUCACCCACUUCGCCCCAAAAUCCCCCGCAAAGUAAUCAAAAACCAUUGUUUUACGCUAUGAAUGUCUAAUUAUUGUGAUAAGAGAUAUUUUGUGGGGAUAAUUAUUGUGGAAUUUGCCAAUUUGAGAACAGUAGACUUAAGAUUUAAUGCAGUUUCUCGAAUCUGUUAGAGAAAACACUUCGUUUUGAGGAGAGGAACACGGAUUUGAGACCACUUGGAAUUAAUAAUUGAGCACGAGGAGUUUCUCAGUUCUCAGUGCGGGUUGUUUUUUGAGGAUACUAUUUGCUUUAGAUGGAAAUAAAGCAUAUAUCGACCUAAGAAGACUAGUAGGUUAUAAUAACCAAUAUAUACUGGCAGAAAUGUUUAUAGUUCUUGAAUACUUCAUGUUGCUUUGUGGGACUAUCGCCAACUGUUUCCGGAAAUAGCAGUAUUAUUGAAGAAUAUAUUAAUGAAAAUUGGUUGGCGAAAGUUUCACUCGGGUCAAUGUGUUAGUUUCUGUUAGUCCCCUAUAAAGGGGAUGCACUAGGACCGUUUUUUUAAUGUUAUAUCAUGAUGUAUAGAUACGUAGUCAUUGUUGCCAAAAAUAUGAGAUUCCAUUACCAAAGUAUUAUAGUUAGAUAAGUGUUACUGACCAAAAAUAAUGAAAAAUCAAUAUAUUCGAAUUGUGCUUUACAAAAGCAUCCCCAAUAAUCUGUUCAAUUGAAAAUAAUUUUAGCAGAUACCAGACCAUACCAAAAUAUUAGCAUCUACCUGAGGAAUAAUUUACUAGAGUGGAUCUUCAUAUUUAAUCUAUUAACUGGUAUUUUUAAUAAGAUGCAAUCUCUCAUACCACUAAGUUUUAACCACAUAUCUUUAAUCAGAUAGGUAUGGCCAAAUCUAGUACGUAUUCUUCAAGUUGUGAUAGAUAUUACUAUAAAUUCAAAUACUUGGUAGUUUUGUACAUUCUUAUAGACUAGUCAAAAAUGCUGUUCAUGAAAUUCUUGAAUUAUUUUUAAUUGAAAGGAUAUAACUUGAAGAUAUUUUUAAGUUUUUUAGGCUAACCUCAAUAUUGUGAUUCACAAAAAUGACAAGGUUGCUUUAAAUAUUAAUAUAUAUGGAGUAUUUAUUAUGGUAGGAAAUAAAAGAAAAAUAUUUA